AUGAGCUCAAUCGGUGCAUGGGAGUUCACUCCUUUAGUCACAGAGUUUCCUACCAAUGUUCUACCCAACGUCGGAUUCUGGAACGCCAGCAAUGGCACCUGGGGGUACCAAAUCCAGCUCGCAUGGCCACUGAACUGGACUUCUCCGCUUGAACACUCAACCGUCGAGACCAUGUACAUUCUCGACGGCAACGCUCUGGGCUUGACAGCAACAGAAGCUGUCCGACGCAGACGGCCUGUCGAGUUCGCGCAGCCUGACAGCAUCAUAGUCUCCAUCGGCUACCCGACCACUAUCUCCGACUCGCCCUACAGCACCAGUCGCUACGCCGACAUGCAGCCGCCUGUGUGCUCCAACUGCCCUCUGCCUUCGGUCCCCGGCGUGCCAUCUAACGCGGACGGGUUGAUUGCGUUCAUCGACACUGCCUUGCGUCCUUGGGUGCAAAAAGAGGUUUUUGCGGAAGCAACGUUCGAUCGGGAUGCGCUUUACGGACACUCUUUUGCGGGCUUAUUCGUUCUGUAUGCGCUCACGGCACGGCCAGAGCUGUUUGAUACGUUUCUCUCUGCUUCGCCGGCGCUGGACUGGAAUGACGAUUAUGUAUUUAACCACACUGACUUUUUGGCGCCGCUGAAAACAAACGCGACAGUAACGAAUGCGACCAAGCCCGCUGUCCAAAUUAGCUAUGGUGGGUUGGAGCAGUUUCCGAAGAGGAGGAGGACAGAGACAGACGAGGAAUUUGCACUCAGGAAAAGUAUUCUGGAGCCAAUGAGGACAAACGAUCUGAGCGACAAGCUCUUUGCAGAGUUGCAGGGUAGUCCGGCGCUGAGGGACGUGGAGCUUAAUGUGUACCCAAACAGCUAUCAUUCAACAGUUGGUGGUGCGGCGUUGGCGGAUGGCAUUGACUACUUCUUUGACUGGUAG